CCUGUAAUAGCUGUAAUACAUCUUUCACUUUCAUUUCACAAUCUUGCGCAGCUCUCAAAUCCUUCCGGCUUCUCUGCUCUCUGAUUUCUCUACAUUUCUGGAUGAACAGCUAGGCCUGGGUGACAUAUUCCAUGCUCUAAAGCUCCGCCGACCAUGGAUUUUGAAGCAGAGGGCCCACCCACGUCUAUUAUUUCGCCUGCUGAAUGCAAUUUUUCACAGGUCAUCUUCACGAAUGUGCAGCAGUUCUACAAACCUAACACCGAUGUCCAGUGCAAAUUCCGCAGGGAGCAAAGCUUUGCCAGCAACUCUAAAGACUGGAUUGGAAUCUUUAAAGUUGGAUGGAAAACGACCAGAGAAUAUUUCACCUGGAUCUCGGCACGGACCAGCGUGGACGACACUGUUCUCUUCACAGCAUACUAUCUGCCCAAGGAUGAUGACUACUACCAGUUCUGUUAUGUGGACUACAAUGGGGAAGUACGAGGAGCCAGCAUACCUGUUCAGUUCUGUCACAACAUCCCAGAAGAUGAUGAUGAUAUCCUGAUGGUGACAACUGAGAUGGAGAUGAUGAGGACAAAUCAAGAGAAUGCGGAACUAAAGAAAGUAGUGGAGAAGCUGACAGAGGAGAAUACACAACUGCAAGAAAAAGUAUCCUCACUUCAGAAUGAAACCCAGGCCAAGGCUGAGAGGAUCCAGAACCUUCAGGAUGAGCUACUGAGUUCUACAGAGAAGACACAGAGGCUGGAAACAGAAAAUAUGGAGCGGACAGUCCACACCAAGAAUCUUGAGGAAGAAACCGAGAUAAUGAAGAAGACCAUCCAGUCACUGAACACUGACCUGCAAAUGCAAAGGAGCCAUGAGGAGAAAUUGCUCUCAGAAAUGAAGGAGAUGGAGAGAUCAAAUGAUAUCUUCCAGGCACAAAAGAAGCACUUUGAGGAUCUGCAAAUCCGCAUGAAGGCCAUCGAGGAGGAAAAAGAGAUGCUGGAGUCAGAGAAGAAACUGUACAUAGAAAAAGAGACAAAAAUGCUCUCAGAAAGAAAGGAGUUGGAAAAAUCACUGGAGAAGUUAAUGGCUGAAAAGAAUCACUCCCAGAGCGAAGACAUGGCCAGGCAGAAAACAGUGGAGAACCUGACUUCUACUGCCAAUCAGUGUAAAGAAGAUACUGUUAAACUGAAGGCAGAACUUGAAUUGCAGACAUGUGCACUGGAAAAAGAGAAGAAACAGAAAGAGAAUCUAAGGCAAUCAUUGGAGAAAGAGGGUAAAAGGGCUGUUGAUUUAGAACGCAACCUGGAGCAGAAGAAUGAAAAGCUUCGAUCUACAGAAGAGAAGAUGACGGGCUUGUGCAAACAGGUGGACGUUCUUAAGGCUGAAAAUGAGAAUAAAAUGAAACAGAUGGGGGCGUUGCAUAUGACGAUUGCUAAUUUGGAGGGUGAGGUGAAAAGACUGAAAGACGAGUGCAAGAGCAAGAUGGAAGCAGAAAGAACAGUGAGCGAACUGAGAACACAACUCAAAUAUGCUGAAGAGAAGAAGCAUGGCUUGGAAAGGCAACUGGCUCAGCAGCAGGACAUUUGUAGACAACAUGGUGAAGAAGUGCUUACAUUAAGAAGUGCUCUUGAACUUCGAGAAGAAGAGAUUAACGAUUUGAAGGACGUACAUAAGAAUCAUCGUAUUGAAAUAGAUGAACUCCACAGCCAUUUGUUAGCCAGAGAACCAACCUCACACAUGGCUUCAAACCCAGGGUUGAUUUUUAGGAAUCCAUAUGAAGGAAAUUAUCCUAGUUUCUCCAGUGAGUAUGGAUCAUCCACAAGCUCUACAAGCAGACAGCCAUCGCGUCCUUUAAAAUGUCCUGUAUGUGGUGAAACGUUUUUCACUCAUCAGCGUCAGAUAUUUGAAGAUCAUGUCAUGUGUCAUCUUGAUGGGGAUGAAGCCAGGCCAUGAUCAUGCUCUCAUCUGUAGAUAUACACUUAUAUACUGAGUAGAUUUUGUUGUAAUCGUUAAGAGAAAUUUAGGAAUAUAUUGUCUGAAAUCUGCAAGACAUGAGAUCCUCUGAUCUAUCCAUAUGCAUUUUGACCUUUAAAGGGAAUGUGUCGCCUAUAAUUUUUCUUUCUGCCUGUUAAAAAGCAGAUAGUGAUACAUCUCCUUUUUUCUAAUCUGUUUUUAUUUUCUGAUUGUAGAUUUUUAUUUUUAUCCGGUUUCCUGAAAAUGAUUAUGGGGGCAAUCAUCUUUCCUGAGAUGUUGUUAACAUCAUUUAGAGAUGUUUUACAGCAGCCAAAAAACUGCAGGAUUUUUUUUUUUUUUAAAUAUAGAUAGUGACACUGGAAAUUAAACAUAAAAUCACAAAAAAUUAUUUCAAAUAUUUUUUAAAUAGAAACUUGAUUCAAAGAAUAGGUAAUUUUCUGAUGAAGAUUCCUUUUAACACCCAAAUAGCAUCACAAAUUGUCUAAGUAAAGAAAGUCUGUGUGACCAUACAUUGCGUGUUCGUCUCUGACUGGCUUUCCACAGUGAGUGGAAGAGGCACAGCGCUCACCUGAGGUCUUCUGACCAGUAGUGGUAACUAGACCUCCAUCAAUGGAGUCAUGAUGAGGAUUUGAAGUGUCACUUGAACAGACUUGGCUUGGGCCUACUCAUACGGGUAUAUCUAAGUGGCCACCCUGGUCUUCACCCUUUAACCCCAAUACAGGGAUCUGGACUACACAGCAGGGUUCCCCUGCAGGCCCCUACCUUUUGGAGUAGUCUCUGUUCAAGUGACUGCUGACCCAUGGGGGUCGAGACACUGAGGGAUCACACAAAACUAUAAACAGAGACUGCCCAAAGUCAGGACAGGUGAAGUUUGUGCAAUCUGAAAAACAGUCUGAGGUCAGGGCAGGCAUCUCAGGAUCAGAACAGAGAAUAGGCAGCAGUCAGGUUAGACAGCGAAGGGGCAAAUCUGGAGAAAGGGCAGAAGUUGUUGCACAGGCAAACAAAUGUAGAGCCCAUUAAACUAGAAGCUAUUGCUCAGGCACCUUCCUACUGGGGAAUGUGCCUAAAGUACCCCAAGGUGGCCAGCCAUUGGCUGGUGGACACUAUUGUGCACAUGUGCUGGCCCUUUAGGCAGAGGUAGUGCAUGCGCACCCUGCAGGCAGAGCAGAGGCCUGCAAGAAUAAGAGGAAAACUGACAAGAAGCAGGACACAGCCUGCGAGGAGAAGUGGAGCUACUCUGGUAGCCGGAAUUGCAGAGAAGGGGAGAGAUGGCAUUGGGUCCAAGGCGCCAGGGAGCAGUUGAGCAGAAUGGUGCCCAUGAGCAGAGCAGUAGCAGACACAGGCGACCGCAAUAACAGAUAGAAACCUGCAACUAUGACUCGUUAAAAGUUUUAUGAAACUUAUGUGUCACAAGUUUCACCUGUAGAAGCCACGUGCCCAAAAGCCACUCAAGGAAAAUCUUAGCAAGUUUAAUAAGCUAGGAAUGUUUAAAAAAAAAUAAAAAAUCAUAUAAUUGCCUCAUUGAUUGUGCUCAGUUCCUGCACCAUUUAUCUCACUCCAUGUUGAUUUUAAAGUGUACUUAAAGGGGUUGUCCAAUAAAUAUAUACAUUUUUGUAAAGGCAGGGAAUGCUUUAAAAUAAUAAAGUAACCGAUACUAAUAUUGCCCAACUACCCCAACAAAGUGACUGCAGCCAAUCAUGUGUCGUCUAUCCACAUGACUGCUGCGGCCAAUCACACAGCUCUCCAUGUACUGACUUGUAGCCACAGCUAAUAUAAAGAAGGAGAGGAAGAGAGGAACUGGACAAGGCUGCAGCCUGAGCCAACAAUGAGUCAGGAGGUAGAUUUUAGAGUAGCUCUGACUCCCGGUGGCUAAGCCGCAGUCCCAGACCACAGCUCUAAUGAAGCAGAGGUUUAAAGUAUAUAAGUAGGGAGAGAAAUACAUUGCAGGUAAGAAUUGCUUAAAGUUAUUGAACUAUAUACAAUGAUAAGGCCCACAACUAGAGUAUCAAAUUAAAGGUGCAUUCACAUGUGUGUUGCAUCGUAUCCGCAAAAAAUGUGGAUCGAAUGCGGACCAAAAAUAUGGUCGUGUGAAUGGGGCCUUAGACCAUGUUACUCUUGGGUUUCUUAGACCUCCUAUGGCCUUGUAUCCCACUUUACCAAAGAGCUGUUCUUCCACAGAAGUAAUGUAAACUUUUUUCCCAGUAAAAUUCAUAUAGGAUCCAACAGAAAAAACUAUUGAGGAUUUAUCAAGGAAGAUUACAUCACGUGGUAUAAAACCCCUAUAAGUUACAUAAAAAAAUAAAAAAUAAAUAUAUAUAUAUAUAUAAUAUCUCCAUAAGUAAUUGCAGGCACACAUUGGGGCUCAUGCACAUCUAUGGCUGCUCUAUUACAUCUCCACUUGUACUGAAUACAGCUGUGUGAAUGAGGCCUAAUAUCUAAAAACUAGAAAAGCCUCACCAACCUGUGACUGACAUUCAAGUCUAAACAUUCAGUUGGUAUAUGGUACAUUAGAUACAAAUAUGUGAGAACCAUAUGAUUUUACCUUAUUUACAUCAUUUGUAUUUUACAAAAA